AUGACCGUUGAAGUUGCAUCCGCGCCUGUGCACCAGAAGAGCCUUGGCCACCUGACCGAGUUCCGUUCAGGCAACCACGACCACGACCUGCCCCAGGAGACGAUCGACCUUGAGAUCGCGACGCUGCGCCGCAAGCUGGAAGCCAAGCCCACGUUCGACCCAAACCUCAAGUUUGACCCGGCAAAACACCUCGUGUUCAAAGACGAGUACUACAAGACCACCAAGCAGUGCACGCUGGACGACCUGAGCAUCGGCCGCACCCGUGUGGCGCCUGUGUGCGACUUUGCCGCAGCGUUCCCGUUCCCGUUGCUGUCGCAGGAGGCCGUCGACAUGAUGCUGUGGGAGGCCAUCAACCCAGACACCAUUGCAGAGCUUGCUCGCACCCCGAACCUGUCCACCAACGCCACAAGACUCGACUUCCACGUGAACGGCCACACAGAGCAGCAGUCUCCGUUCACCAAGGCCCUGUUCAAGAGCCGUGAGCUCACCUCCAUCCUUGAAGGCUUCACCAAGGUCAAGAUGGACCCUGUUUACGAGUGUGACCGCGGGUUCUUCAACUUCUCGCUCGCCAGCCUCAAGCCGGACGAGAUCAAGGCAGGCCAGAUGUCCAAGGAGCAGCUGAUGCAGGAGUACUCCAAGCAGAACCAGAAGAACGGCGAAGAGAUCCCGUCCACUUUGGGCCUGCACUACGACUCCAACACGUUCGCCCUGGUGAUCAUGAUGGAUAUCGGAGACGACGCCGUGGGCGGCGAGACAGGCAUCAUCACCGGCGACAACAAGGUGUACCGUGUGCCAGAGCCAAAACCGGGCUACGCCACAUUGAUCCAGGGUAUGGUGCUGCGCCAUGUGGCUACCAAACCAAUCACCAACUCGAACCGGAUCGCGUGCAUCUGUGGCUACGGCCUAGCGAGCCCGGAAAACCUCGACAAUUGCGUGCUCACCACGCUGAAACCGUCGGUGUUGCCACGCAAGUCGUUCGACGCGUUCUACCGCGACUGGACAAGCUACCGGCUGACCAACCUGGAAAAACACCUGCAGUACUACAAGGAGAAGCUGCUUGCCGAGUUCGACGCGGGCGUCCCGUUCGACCAGCCUGCUUUCAUCAAGAAGUGCGUCGAGAUGGAAAAGUACCUGCGCCAGACAUGGUGCGAGAUGGAGGCCGUCAACAACGACAAAUUCCCGCCAGCGCAGUUCAACGUCCCGUACGAGGAGCUCCCGGAUUACGAAUAA